UUUCUUUGCUUUCGUUGACUUCCAUGGAGCUCCUCCUCCUCCUCCUCCUCCUCCCCAUGGGAGUGGGAGCCCAGAGGAGAACAUCACUAGGGAUCUCUACUUAUAGCCGAUCUCUCCAGACCUCGAGAACCACCAGGAAUCUCAACGAUGGGGAGGCUUCCUCGUGGCUGCCGUUUCCAUCCUAGCGGGUUCGAGCUCAUUGAGUACCUCUCCGACAAGGUCAGUGGAUGCGAGGAUCCCGGCCAGGGUUUCAUCAAAGAUGAUGUUGAUGCUUAUGCCUCCAGCCCUGAUCUUUUGUUCGGUGAUUCCAUUUUUUAUCUCAACUUUGAUCCAAUUUGAACAAGUUUUGUUAGCUAAAUUUUGCCCGGAUGAUGAAGAUGGGAGGUUGUUUUGUUUCACCCCUAUCAAGUUUAGAAUCACGCAUCAUUUUAGGUGUCGCCGUACUCCAGAUGGUCACUGGAAAGCUAUACACGCCACGCAGAUGAUCAAAGAUAGAAAUGGAAAUCUGGUUGGACGCAUGCAAAAAUUAGUCUAUUGCCAUGGGAGAACCUGGCUUUUUGGAAGGAGGACUAACUGGACUAUGAAGGAAUACACCCUUCAUACUAAUCCUCCACAAAAUGUGGCUCUCUGUGAGAUAUAUUCUUCACUGAAGAAGCCAAACAAGGAGAGUGACGGUAGCCUGAAGCCUAUCCAGAACCAAAGCUCUUUAUCUUAUAGUGCUUCUAGCAAAGAUGAUGUUUCCAACUUUGCGUCAUCCCAGGGAUCGCCAUCUAUCCAUGGAGUAAGUAUCAGCAAUUCAAGUGGUGUUGGUGCAUGCUCAGGAUCGGUAAAUAUUGAUGGUACGGGUGGAGCAGGCUUUUGGUCCUUGGAUGAAGUCCUCUCAUCAUUUAGUGGUGACGACUUACUUUCGGAAGCAGAACUUUAUCUACCAGAUAAUUGGUGUCCUGAUGGAGGUGGCACUGAUAUCUUCAAAUUUGAGGAUACUGCAGGUUCAAGUAAUUGGCCUGAAUUCUUCCCGGAAAAAGUUAACUCACCAAAGUUGGACACGGAGCUCUGCAACAGUGAUAUUGAUGGAACCAAACCUGAUUCCAAAAUGUAGCAAGAUGCCAUGUUUGCAAUGCGAACUUGCUCUCUUCUAUUGCUAUCUAGUAGGUAAUUAUUUGAUGUUGUCUCUUGGAGAUCUUGUUUAUUAAAUUUUCUUACUUGUUUCUGGUCAAAAUUUCUAUAUAAAUUUGAUGAACUUGGGUAAUUUUUGCAAAUUUACUCUUAUGAUGUGUAA